UGAAAAACGUUUUGAACGCAACAAAAAAUCAAAAGUAUUCUUUUUUUUAUCAAAAUUUACGAAAAUGUUGAGAACGAACAAGGCAGCACAGCUGAAAUUUCUUAAAAAUGUUAUUGGAUCAUCGCAGAUAUGCCGAAAUAAUUAUCGCAGAGCAGCAACUGGAAAGCGAACCAUUUUCGAUGUUGAGAAUAUCAAAGAUUUCGAAAAUAAUGUGAAGCGUUGUGAGAAGCCGGUGGUUGUCGACUUCCAUGCCAGCUGGUGCACACCAUGCAAGGCACUUGCGCCCCGCGUUGCUAGCAUUGUAUCGGAGCAGAGGGGCGGCAUCCAUUUGGCCCGUGUCGAUAUCGAUGAACUGACGGAGCUGGCGCUGGACUACCAGGUGGGCUCGGUGCCAUCGCUGCUGGUGAUGCACAACGGCAAGGUGCUGAACCGCAUGGUCGGUCUGCAGACAUCCGAGUACAUACGCGAGUGGCUCGGCCGGGUGAUCAAUACGUGUGCGCCAGAUUGUUCAUUUAUUAAGAAAUAAAUUGUUUCGUUUUUUGUUUUAUUCUACAAACAAACGA